AUGGCGUGGUUUCUGCAGGAAUUACCAUCAUUACUAAUACCUGUUGUUCUUCUCGUCAAUUAUGUGGAAAACACCCCCCUUUUCAUUGUCCAUUACUUUCAAAGGACACUUGUUUAUCCGUUCCUGAUGAGAAGUGGGAAACCUACUCCUUUUCACGUGUGGGUAUUAGCGGUUAUUUUCUGUACAUACAAUGGAGUGAUACAAGGACUGUGGCAUUUGUAUUUCGCUGAAUAUCCUCCAAACUGGUUCUUUAAAACGAGGACAUUUUGCGGUCUCAUAAUGUUUGUAUGUGGUAUGUUUAUUAAUAUUCAUUCGGAUGCAAUACUGCGCAGUCUCAGAGCGCCUGGAGAUAAUGGUUAUAAGAUACCAUAUGGAGGGCUGUUUGAAUAUGUAUCCGGAGCAAAUUAUUUUGGAGAAUGUUUGGAAUGGGCUGGUUACGCAAUAUUUGCGUAUACACUCCCUGCGAUGGCUUUUGCCAUUUUUACAAUUUGUAACGUUGGUCCCAGGGCUCUUCACCAUCACCGGUGGUACUUGGAGAAGUUUGACGACUAUCCGAAGAACCGGAAAGCUUUUAUUAUGUUUUUACUGUAA